ACAGACUCCCCGCUCGGGCGUCACGUGAGCUGGCGGCGCUGCCGCUCCGGAGGGGGCGCUUUCGUUUCCUUUCGACCUUUCACCCCAAGAUGGCGGCGCCCGUCGGUCCGUUGAAGUUUUGGAAACCCGGCACAGAAGGACCAGGGGUCAGCCUGUCCGAGGAGAGACAAAACCCUAGUGAAAGCUCUGGGGUUUCAGUCAUCUAUAAUCCCUAUGCUUCCUUUUCUAUUGAACAGCAGAGACAAAAGUUACCAGUUUUUAAGCUUAGAAAUCACAUCCUUUACCUAGUAGAGAAUUAUCAGACACUGGUAAUUGUUGGAGAAACAGGAUGUGGAAAGAGCACACAGAUUCCUCAAUAUUUAACAGAAGCUGGGUGGGCCGCUGAAGGGAGAGUUGUGGGAGUGACACAGCCUCGGAGAGUUGCUUGUGUUUCAAUUGCAGGCCGGGUAGCUGAGGAGAGGGGUGCCCUGCUUGGUCAUGAAGUUGGAUACUGCAUACGAUUUGAUGAUUUCACUGACCCACAGGCUACAAGAAUUAAGUUCCUGACUGAUGGGAUGCUGGUGAGGGAAAUGAUGGCUGAUCCACUAUUAACAAGAUACAGCGUGAUCAUGUUGGAUGAAGCCCAUGAAAGAACCUUGUAUACAGACAUUGCCAUUGGUUUAUUAAAAAAGAUUCAGAAGAAACGAGGGGAUCUUCGUCUAAUUGUAGCAUCAGCUACACUGGAUGCAGAGAAAUUUAGGGAUUUCUUUAAUCAAAAUGAGACCAGUGACCCAAGCAAAGAUACCAGCAUGAUCCUUACCGUGGAAGGACGAACAUUUCCAGUGGAUGUCUUCUAUAUUCAGAGGCGCGGACUUCAGUGGAGGAGGGCUUCGGGAACCUUCCCCCGUCCCCUUCUGCACCGGCCAGCUGGAGCAGACUUCAGACGAGUGCUACGGGGACUCGGUGGAAUCUUCAUGCUUUUCCUCCCCUGGAAUCUAAGUCCUUCCCUUCCCCCUCCACAGAAGGGAUAUGGGCAAACCUGGCAGCACCUUCGUGCCCUCUCUCCUCCACAGAAGGAGAUGGACAGUCCUGUUCCAGAUUAUGUAAAAUCAACCGUGGAAACAGUCAUGAAAAUUCAUCAGACGGAAGGCGAUGGAGAUAUACUGGCAUUUUUAACUGGCCAGGAGGAAGUGGAAACGGUUGUUUCUAUGCUGAUAGAACAGGCACGGAUCCUUGCUCGCACAGGGAUGAAGAAACACCUCCGUGUACUUCCUAUGUAUGCUGGGUUGCCGGCUUCUGAGCAGAUGCAGGUGUUUGAGAGAGUGUCUCACAAUGUCAGAAAGGUAAUUGUAGCCACCAAUAUCGCAGAAACAUCUAUCACAAUCAAUGGGAUUUCAUUUGUGAUUGACUGUGGCUUUGUGAAGCUCCGUGCCUAUAAUCCAAAAACAGCCAUUGAAUGCCUUGUGGUUGUCCCUGUAUCAAAGGCAUCUGCCAACCAGAGGGCAGGGCGUGCGGGCAGGAACCGCUCAGGAAAAUGCUACAGACUUUACACAGAGGAGGACUUUGAGAAGUUGCCACACUCCACAAUUCCAGAGAUGCAGCGCAGCAACCUGGCUCCAGUCAUCUUGCAGCUUAAGGCUUUAGGAAUUGACAAUGUGCUUAGAUUCCCUUUCCUCUCACCUCCACCCGCUCAGUCAAUGGUGCAAGCGUUGGAACUACUCUAUGCAUUAGGAGGGCUUGAUAAAUAUUGUCGUCUCACAGAGCCUCUUGGAAUUAGAAUAGCAGAGUUUCCUUUGAAUCCAAUGUUUGCAAAGAUGUUACUGGAAUCAGGGAAUUUUGGUUGCUCCCAGGAGAUUCUGAGUAUUGCAGCCAUGAUGCAGAUCCAGAAUAUCUUUACUAUUCCUCCAAAUCAGAAAUCACAAGCAAUCAGAGAACACAGAAAGUUUGCGGUGGAGGAGGGUGACCAUCUCACUAUGCUGAAUGUCUAUGAAGCCUUUAUAAAACACAACAAGAGUCCUCAGUGGUGUCAGGAUCAUUUCCUGAAUUACAAAGGUCUUAUCAGAGCCACAACCGUGAGAGAACAGCUGAAAAAACUUCUUGUCAAGUUCAAAGUACCAAAAAAGUCCAGUGAAGGUGAUCCAGACCCUGUUCUGAGAUGCAUAGUUGCUGGAUUCUUUGCUAAUGCAGCCAGAUUUCACUCUACUGGAGCAUACAGGACUAUUCGUGAUGACCAUGAACUGCAUAUCCACCCCACCUCAGUAUUGUAUGCAGAGAAACCACCUCGUUGGGUGGUCUACAAUGAAGUUAUCCAGACCUCUAAGUAUUACAUGCGAGAUGUGACAGCUAUUGAAUCUGCUUGGCUAUUGGAACUGGCCCCUCACUUUUACCAGCAAGGAACGGUAUGGGCUUGGCAUAGACUCCAAACGCAUCUUUCUCUGAAAGCCAAAAGAAGUAAAGUCGAUGACCACUGACUGUCUGCGGGUGUCGAGUUUCACGCUGCGUGAUGCUGAACCUGCCGCUGAAUCAAAACUGUGCUACAGACCCAUCACACAAUUAGUUGAUUAGCAACUUGACUCCAUAUCAACUAUACAUGUCGAAAUGCCUGCCUGCCAGGAUCCUGUAGGGAUUUAUGCAUGAUCAAAUACAUUGUAACACUUAACGUAGAGCUUGCAUUGUGGACAUUUUAUCCCUCCGUCUUAAUUGUAACCAUUCCUGUUUACCAUGGGUCGCCUUUGCUCCUUUUUAAACUAGGUAGAGAAAUUAGCAGUACAAAAGGAGACAUACAAAAUCAUAGGAAAUCUUGCAAUUGCUUGGGUAACUACACUGAGCCCUUGGGGUGGGGAAGUGGAGCUCAGGAUCCUUUUAGACCACUGUGAAAGCUGCUGGCUAUCCUUCACCUUCCUGCAAACUGUAGACAGGUUUGGGACCACAAGCAAAGCCUUGAAAAUACCUUUAAUGGGUUGCAAAGAAAACCUUGAAACUGUGAUUGUGCCUAACUGCUGUGAUUUUAUUUUAUUUUUUUAGCAUUGUUGCUCUAAAGCAAUAGAAUUCUAGUCUAUUACUGACUUUCCCUGUAUUGUUCCUCUGCACCUUUUCUUUGGCUUUGCUUUUUAGAAAGCAUCUGCAAUUUCCAUACACACCUGAAUAUGUUCACUCUCACUGAACUCCCCAUGUAGUUCAGGCUAUUUUAGGAACGGGUUAAUAGGGCAGGAUAUGCCUUGCAUUCACAACCAAGAUUUAUGCAAGUCCCUAGUUCCUUGCCUUUUGUUUCAGAAUCAGAACUAAGGGACUUGGGGCCCGUCUUUCACAGAAAUAUCCAUACAUGAAAUCAUGUGUCUUCAAAAGCUUCGGUACUUGGUCUGGGAUGACCUUGCAAAGCAUUCCUUUGUCUUGAUCCAUGAUCACCAACAGUCAUUUAACAGUCAAACAGUGGUGACUACACAGCAAUAAAGAGAGAGGAUACUUCCUUUAAACAAUGGAAGGAGAGCCAAUUCAAGGGCGAAUUCUCUUUUCUCCAGAUUGGGGUGCAAGAUGUUCAAGGGAUGUUUUCUGUUAAGAAGUUGGGCAAUGAACAACUCCAGGCCUGAGGCCAUUAGAGCCUUCAAUAAAUGGUUUUAAAACCAUCUCUUGUUUGACCAGAGAAGAGGAUAUUCCUUAUUCUGCUGAAAGAUGCUAUGUCAGUAUAGGAAGGAAUAGUGCUCAGUGAAAAAAGGUGGUGGUCCUAUGCUUGGAUGCCCCAUUCCUUGAGUGCUACUGAAUGAUGGGCAGCUCAAACAUGGGAGUUUCUCUUGCCCUCCUUUUAGGUAGGGAUAUGACCACAUAGACUAGGUGCAAGCAGAUUCAGUUCUCUGCAAAUAAAUUAAACCCCAUUUGUGUGUGGAGGGGUGAUAUUUCAGCUAGUGAAAUCCAUAUGUCUGUGCUACUUACAGCCAGUUUGCUAAAACCAGAGUGGGCUCCCAUGAAUCUGUUAAAUAUACGCACAAAAUCCACCCACCUCUGUACAUGUUUAACAAUGUUCUGCUCUUUGCAGCUGUUUAGACUGCAUCCCUCAAAAGGUGAAGAGUGGUCUGUGUCAUAUGCACUAGUCAAACGGUGCUUUGGCUGUCUUUCUGUGAAAGCUCUUCUUCUCCUUGUAUCACCAACAUAAUUUUGGAUAACUAUAGCUUUAUUUUCAGAUGUUAUUUAUUUUAGAAUGAUGUUAUUUGAAUAUGUAUUUUUUAA